CCUGUUUCCAUCAUCUUGACUCCUAUCUCAAAUCAACAAAAAGGAUGGCUACAAAUGGUCAAGGUGGUGGUGGUAUCAUAAGCGGCUGGGUGGCAACAUUUUUACGGGUUUCAUUAUUACCAGUCAUCUGUAUUGGUGCUCCGCUUUGGCCAAUCGUUGGUUUAUUGUGCGCCGUACCUGUGAUUGGAAUCUUUGCCAUUCCAUUGUUCUUGUUGUUGACUUUAUUGCUUCUUUAUUCGGUCGCUUGGUUUUCUUACUUACUCUUGGCUCAAGCAGAUCCUCCAGCAUCAUCAAAACAAGGCACUUUCGCUCCUUAUUUACCUUUCCUGCCUUAUUCGCCUUUACGAUGCUUAAAGAUCAAUUGGGCCGCUUUGCUCUAUGCCUCUUCGGCCGUCAAAGUUGCACUGCCAGCCGUACUGGAUUGGUCGUAUAGACGUGUGAUGGUUUUGGGCACGCAAGGUGGUGGUGGAAUCGUAAAGGAGAAUAUUCUUUAUGGUUCAUCUUCCCCCAACAAACGUUUAGACAUCUAUCUUCCACCUUCUGCUCCCGCAUCAGCACGAACGGGUGCAACAUCAUCAACAUCUGCUUCCGUACGAAACAGAAAACAUUCAACAAAUUUCGCAGAACCUUUGCCUACUCCACCAAUCGAUGAUGAACAGGCUACUCCUCGUCCGGGCAAUCAAUCACCCGGUCGUGCUCGUUCUCCCGUUGUGAUCGUUGUGCCAAGUCCAAUUCCACCACUUACUUGGACACAAAGGCGAAAGACGUACCUUCAAUUGGCGCUGCGAUUAAGAAGAAUGGGCUAUUGCGUAAUUGUUCCGGAUAUAAGUUGGUAUCCUGAAGGAAGAAUAAAGACUUCAAUUGUCGAUUUACGAUUGGUACUUCGUUGGGCAGCUGCCAAUUGCAAACGAUAUGGUGGAGAUGAACGUCAAAUUUAUCUUUUGGGUCAUGGAAUGUCUGCGCAUUUGGCUAUGCUCACACUUACACAAGAAGCAGUCGUCUUGAGCAGAGAAGGUUUCUUGCACAAACAAUCAGAAGCACAAUCAAAACGUGAACAAUUGGUCAAUUGGGACAAUCGCAAUGAAGACGAUCAGGAUGAAACGAUCACCGCUGCAACUCAAAGAAACGGAAGACACAACAACGGCUCUUAUCCUUACGGGUCAUCAUCAUCGUAUGCAGCCGUAGCAUCUACUCCGGUUCACGUACCUGGCACGCAAGCACCAGAAGCAGAGGAGAAUGCUUGGGUAGAUGAGCCGGGUGAGGAGGAUCUACCGCCUGGAGCUGUAAUGAAUGGCAACGAGAACAUCGAUCAAUUGGGUCGUACGCGAGGUGGUCGUGGAUUAGAGUCAUUUGACAAUGCACCUGGAAAUGAAAGCGGGAUCAGUAAUAUCUCUUUCCCAUCUUCAUCAUGGCCGCCACAAAAUGGUGAUCAUUCAACAAACGGUCAAUCGUUAUCCAACAUUCCAACUUCCAUCUCAAAUGGGUUGCGCAGAGUGGAAAUUUACGAACCGGAAAUCAACGUUCCGCCUAUUGCCGGUAUUAUCCUCUUGGCCGGUGUUUUUGAUGUGAUCAAAUGUUUCAGGAACGAAUCCGAUCGUGGGGUGGAACACCUUAGUGUUCUACGAAGAAGUUGCGGACCAAGUCAUACAAGUUGCUUAUUGCAUUCUCCUGCCCAUCUUCUUUAUGCAGCCAAGAACAUUCUCGAUACCUCUCUGCUUCCACCAAGAUUUUUACUCGUACAUGGAGGAAAGGACGCCGUGGUUGAUGUAAGUCAAUCAACACUUCUCAAAACAUUAUUGAGCGGAAUCGGGGUGGAAAAUGUUAAGCUACGUGCAUAUCGUGAAUUGGGUCAUGUUGAAGCCGUUGCUUCAUUAUUUUUGGGAAUGGGAAAAGCUUCUACAAGAUAUUCGAAACAAAUUCUUAGCGAUAUUUCCGAUUUUAUCUCCGCAAAGUAAGUCGAUUUCCACUUCAACAUUGUCCAUCUACUUUUUGCUACAUUUCAUUUUCGUGUAUAUUAUAUAGGAAUAUACCUACUGUGAGGAUUCAACUUCGAUAGAUUUUACGGUUUAUGAAAUUAACGAUUUUACUCAUCUCAUCGCUAUGACACAUAAAGCGGGUCAAAUUUGGAAACUUGAGUCAAUUGAAUUAGGAGAAUAGUACAUGAAAUAUUUCUAUGUCUCUGAUGUGAAAAAUGUACAUU